UGUCUUUCCUAGCGCCUGGCUUGAGCUCUGCGUGGCCUCGUUUCGCCUCCAGUGAUGCGUCCAGGCCAAGAGACGUUUCUACGCUGAGAUCUCCAGGCUCACCAGAGGAAAGGAGGCGAUAAACUGCUAGCUGGUUUGCUGGCUGGCUGCGGGUCAGUCAGAGCGCAAUUACUGUGGGCAGUAGUACUCUGGGCAGUAGAAGGAGCCGAGAGAGGAGCGGGCGGCCGUCGGACCAGCAGGAUGUACACGGCCGGACUGGCCCCCUUCUAUGCUUCCAACUUCAGUCUGUGGUCAGCGGCGUAUUGUAGCCCGGCGGGCCCCGGCGCUGGCGGCUGUUUUUCCUUGGAUCCCUCAGGGCUCAAGAAACCGUCUUUCUGCAUCGCGGAUAUUUUACACGCCGCCGCAGGAGAAGCCUCCGUUGACGGCCUGCCCGGAGGACCCGCGGCUAACCUGGCCUCCCAUUUAGGGGGAAUCCAUGCCCACGCACAGUUCCACGCCGCCGCUUCUCCGCUCAGACCUACCCCCGUGGUGGUCCCGGACACGUCAGUCGCCUUCGCCACUAGGCUGUCACCGCUCUCGGCUACCUACCACCACUCUCACCCUCAGCACCAGCGCUCUCCCACAGGGGGCUCCGGCGGAGGGGCACGAACCCCGGGCGGAGGGCAAAGCCGCCAGACGCACCCUGGCUCUGCUGCCGCUCCCUCUAGCAAAGACUUGAAAUUUGGGAUUGAUCGCAUUUUGUCUGCCGAGUUCGAUCCGAAACUCAAGGAGAGCAACACGCUGAGAGAUCUGACCUCUUUAUUAACCGCCAGCCGCCCAAGCGGGGUUCAUGUCCCCACCUUACAGUCUCCGGCCGGCCAGUUCUUCACGCCUCUAGAACCCAUUAACGAGACCUCCGGGGUCCUGGGACCCUUAAAUACAACCCCAAGGAAUUCCGUUCAACACCAGUUUCAAGACACUUUUCCAGGUCCGUAUGCGGUGCUUACGAAAGACACGCUGCCUCAGACCUACAAACGGAAACGCUCGUGGUCCCGAGCGGUUUUUUCUAAUCUCCAAAGAAAAGGAUUGGAGAAACGCUUUGAAAUCCAGAAAUAUGUCACCAAACCGGACAGAAAACAAUUGGCCGCCAUGUUGGGGCUCACAGAUGCGCAAGUGAAAGUCUGGUUCCAGAACCGGCGCAUGAAGUGGAGGCACUCCAAAGAGGCGCAGGCGCAGAAAGACAAAGAGAAGGAGCCGGCGGAGAAGGUGGCUGCGGCUGGGGCGGGCCUGGCGCCCGGGGCGCCGGGUGAGCUCGAGCGCAGCCCGAGCCGCUCGGAAGGCGAGAGUGACAGCAGCGAGGCCGAAUCCCUGGAUCUGGAGCUCGGCAGCGACGCGGAACGGACUGAGCCGGGAGCCGCCCCCGGUCAGGCCAUGCAGCGACACAGCUCGGACCUGCACCCAUCCGCGGGCUCGGAGACCGCAGCCCACGCCGAGCCGUCGCCUCCUCUCCCAGGCCUGGAGCAAGGCCGAGAGCCUCUGCGGUGCCCCGAGUCCUCAUUUUGCCUGCGGGACUCUCCGUGAUGGCCUCCCCUCAGCCAAGCUGGGAAGCUGACAAGAGUCCCAGCUCCGAGGGCUCGGCCCAGCAGAGGCCUCUGGAUGCGGGAUACUAACCCCUGGUGUGGGCGGAGCGCUCCGGAAUGGGUUCCGCGGGAAUUGACUUUGAACAGCGGGUGGAGCUGGGCUGCCAGUCUCUCCUUACCGAUGGGAUCAGGGCCCUGCAUCUGUUGUGGAGAGUGCGGGGCUCCUCCCCAAAAGAGAUGGGGCGGCCCGGAGGGCGAUCCUGCAGGCCUCCAGACGGCGCGCCCCGGACCAGGUCCAUUCAGGUAGGCGGGGAGGGCAGUUGGGCGCUUUCACGGCGGAGAGUCCCCCGGCGCGCCUGGACGCGAAGGUGUCUGGUUCGAGGAGUUCAGCAAAGGCCAAGGAAAAGGUCGGCUUCUGCAGCUCUCGAUCCUACUCUGGCUCCCUCGCCCGCUCGCGGCAAGAAGUAGCCCUGCCCACCCGACCCGUUGGCAAAUGGUCGCCUCGUAUUCUCUGGCCGUGAAAGGAAGCGCCGGGAGAGACAACAGACAUGGAGGGAGAUGGAGAAAAGUAGACUGUAAAUAAAGGGUUUCUUACAUUUUAACGGGUAUUUUUGUUCCUGGCAAAAGUAGCGUAGUUGCCCCAGUGAUCCUAUCCUUACCUGCCCCACCUGAGCAUCGAUUCAUCUUCUCCCCACAUCUCCAAGCCAACAAUUGUGUUCCAUGUAAGAUGGUGUGUCAUUACUACUUUGAAGAAAAAUAAGGGCAGGCAAAGUUUGUUCCAAACUUUUUUCUGAACUAAGAAAUCCAAGGUUGGUAGGAUAGGAAGGCAGCUCCUUCCCUUUGCAGGAUUCUAAACUUCCCUUUCUAUUUAUUAAAAAGCAAGGGACCUCGUAUUGGGCUCCCGCCUUUAGUUUCUAUGGUAAAAUUAAUGGCUUGGUGAUAAGCAACAGCAUUUAAAAACAAUCCACCAAAUACAAUUCAGAAGUGAAUCACUUCAACCUGCCCUAAUUGGUUGUCCUCCAAUUUCCAGGCAGCCGGUCUUUUGAUGUGGCUGUCAGUAGCCUUGCAGGAAGGAAAGGUAGAAUGCCAACAUGUGGGGGAAAUGCAGAUUCAUUUCAUGGAGGUCGACACUCAGGGAUGGUUUCCAAGCAAUGGCUGGGUCCUUGCACGUUCAUUUUAACAGCCCGCUUUUGGGAGGGAGGGUCUGUCACAGGUUAAAUGACUGGUCAGCCUGGUAUCCAAUGGAACUCUGUGAAAUUUAUUUCUAGAUGCAUAGGAUUGGGUUCCACCUACUUUGGUAUACUUUGGAAAGAACAUCUACAUAAUUAUAUUGUUAUUUGGUCAAGGGUCCAGGCAUGUUCAUGUCUAUUACUUAAAAAUGCUUUGAAUAGGGGAAAAGUUAAUUUCAAAAUAGUCAAAGCCAGAAAAGGCAGUUCCCCUCCACAAGUAAUUCAUGCUCUCCAUUGCUGGGUUCUUCAGGAAAGUCAGACUGUAACUUAAACUGGAAAUUAAGAGAGAAAUGCAAUUCCAAUCCCAAUUAUUUGAAACUUAGUUGGUAAUAAAGCACAUAGCAUAAAGUUCCUUCCCCUCCAAGCAUUUUUCUCCUUCUGCACAUUUAUCUGAAAAGCAAAGAAACAGCAUUACAAACAAGGAAAUUCUGUAUUUAGGAAGAAAUUGGAUCUGAGGAAUAAGAGAAUGAUAGGGCAAAACUGAUUCUCUGCUUUUUAAUUUAUCCUCUAUCAUUUCUUUAACAAUGUCCAACUUAGUGAGGCAGCUGAAUUUGAGAAGAAUGUUAUACCUUAAAAGUUAGCAGAUUUAUUACAGAUUGAGCUUUCCUGAAUCUGUAAAUAUAAAAAACUCAUGGUGGGACAUCAAUAACAGUAAACAACAGGGUAAAGGGGAAAGUGCCAGAAAGUAGUUUUAAUUCUUUCAUUGGCAGUGGUAAUUUACAAAACAGUUGCCAGGUGGUAACACAGACUUUUUUGCAUUGGUGAAGAUAAAAACCUUUCGCUGUGUUCAAGCCUCAGAAAACAGAAUUCAUCUUUGAUGGAUUAUAGCUCAGCCCUUUCAUGCUAAAAUAGAGGAAUACAAUUAAGGGAUAGAUAUAUGCACAACAAAGGAAAUUUUUACAAUAAGAAAAGGCUAGAUACACACUGAAGUUGCUACCUAUGGAUAUAAUAAACAGGACCACAAAAUAAGCAGAAUGCCAUAAAUGCACUAUGCAAUCUGUAUGUAACCUGCUAUGCUGAUUUUAUUUCCACUUUUGCCAAUAAUUCUAGCAGAUGUAAAGAUCAGACUGAAUAUUAUGAAAGAAACUUGUGAAUGGCUUUUGCAAGUCACUGGAAAUAGGUUGAUCUAAUAGAUAAAUGAAAGAUGGGCCAUAUGGAAUAUUGUAUUCUUUAGUGAUAUGUUCUGAGGGUCUCUGGAAAAGCAGCUGCCUAGUAUGUGAUAUGCACAGGAUGCAACCUAUGACACAGAAAGGGAUGUACUGGUUUAAGGGCUGCACCAGGCUUUGCAUGGCAUGUUGAAGAUUCCAAAACUGAGCAGGCCAACAGCCCAUUCUGGGAAAGGGUCUCAGAAGUGUUAACAGGUAAAAUGGGCUCCUUAAACAUCUGCAAGAUUUAAGGCACCCAUUUUGCCCCUUAAAUCUUCCACAGACCCCAAAAUUCAACACACACACACACAUGAUAAAUUGUAGCCUUCACCCCCUCUGGGAAGUGUGCCAGGGGCCAUUAAAGGUGUUGGCAGAAGGCAUGCAAUCUCUGGCCCAGACGUUUUGCACCCCUGCUAUAGAGCAAAAAUUGAAUUCAGGGAUCCCAGGAACCUAUGGAUCUAUAGACUAACAACUAUUAAAACUCAGGGGACUUAAUCUGGAAUUCUAACCUUUGAUUUUUCUUUUAAACCAAAACCCUUUCCUGUCAUAUCUAUAAGAAUUAUACCACUGUAAUUUGUCUAAAUACUGUCUUGGAUCAUAAUGUUCUUUUGAAAUCCCAGCUUGCUACUUAGAAAGCCCAAAUCUUUCAUAGACGCAUACCAUUUACAGAACUGGAUCACAGAACUGUUUCAUUAAGCAGUUUAGGAUGAAUCUCUGCUUCAUCAUGUCACAUGUAUAUAUAAAUUAAUGCCACCACUGUAUUUCAGGAAGCACUGCUGCUGAGGUAGAUCACAGUUAUUCCUGAGAAUCCCAAGAUAUGAAAGAUUUAGGACAGUUUUCUCAAAAGGAAAAAAAGAAGGUGCAAAAUUUAGAAGCUUGGACUAAGGGUCAGAAGUUCAAUGGUUGACCUCCAAUUGCAGCUCAAAGUGAGACGGUGCUAGCUAUUAUUUACCCUCACUUACGUUAAAAGGUAUGUUGCCAUUCGACAUGGACCCUUCUAUUCUAAAUGGACAGAAGAACGAAUAUGACAAUGACAAAUUGACAGAUUCCUCUCAUUAUUAAUCACACCUCAACUUACUGUCCUUGAAUUUGUCUAAUCUAGGGAGGAGAAUUUAUGGUCCUCCAAUCACAAUGGUUAAAAAUUAAAGGUGGUCAUCUGACAAUACCUAGAGGGCCACAAGUUCCUGCUCCUUUAAUCCAGCCCAAAUGAAUCAAUUUGCUUCUGCUGGAUGUAGCCUUGAUUGUCUACUUGUCAUCUGGCAUCAGGCCAAGGAUAGAACGGAUAGAAAUUCUACUCUGUAAUUUGUUGGAACUCCUCAGUAGGUGCCUCAGGAUUGGGUUGCAAGCCCUCUGAGUAUGUACACCAUUAAAAUAAGUUGAAUGUACUUCAUAGUUCAGGAUUGUUAUGGGUCAGGCAACAGGUAGUUUCCCAUCCGAUUCCAUGUGCUUUCAGCAGAAGUGGGUCUCUCUGUAUGGGCAUAAUAAUGCACAAAACAAGUAUAACAAUAUAAAGUAGAAUUCUUAUUCCUACCACUUCCUAACUCCUUACCAUCUCCCAUACAGUACAAGCAGUACUGGUGGAGAAGAACAGCAAGGAUAGAAAUGGGAUGGGAAGAAAAAAAUCUGCAAAACUUCAGCAGAAAUUGGAAUGCCUGAUAACAGAUCUGAAGAAAGGAAAUACUUGAAAAAACAAUAAUUCCCAGCCUGCAUGGUUGCUGAAAUACGGAGGCAUUUCCCAUAUUAAAUGUAAUUUCAGUGUUAAGACAAAUCCUGGCACUUCGCUUAUUACCUGGGGUUGGUGGCAACUCAAGGCACACAGAGGUUGUGGUCUUACACCAUGUUCUAGAACAUUUGCUUCUGCCGAAGCAUGUGCAUAAGUUUCUGUGCUUGGGCUUCAAUCCUAUACCCACAUUUGCUCAGGAGUAAGCCCCUUAAAUGGGAUUUACUUCUGUCUGUUAUGUGAUUUAUGGCUGAGUUCCUACACAAAGCUUAACCCUGAUCCCAGAGCCAUGUGACAUCCUUUGGCCAACAGAAUAAACCAUACUAUGAUUUAACAUGAUGCACAGCAGGCCAAAGCAACAAUAUGCUAAGCAACACUAUUCACAUCUCAGUUCAAUCUCUUGUGUUGGGGGAAUCAGCCAAAGUGGAUAUGUAAGUAAAGGUAUUAAUUUUUCAGAGUUAUGUGCAAGUAAGCCCUAUGGAAAAUACGUCUUUGUAAGAUCUUGAUUUUUUCUUUUUGUUCCUGAAUGGUGACAUUUCAGUCUGGGAGGACACCCCAAUGACAUGGCCAUUGAGAUGAUGGAAUUGUCAUUCUAUAACAUCUGGAGGGCACUGAUUUGUUUAGUGUUAGCCCCUUCACUCAUUCAGUUGGGAUUACACAUUGAUAGUGUUUUCAUGGGGAUUUAGUUUUCAGUCCGUGUGUUUAAGAGCAGGAUACCUAUAGCUACAGAACUGGUUUGUGCAAGUGGAGGUAUAUAGGAGGCCAGAAUCAGAUUCCCUGGGACUCUUUCCUGUGCCUGCAUUCAGGUAGCCCACUUAACCUGUAACUGAAUCCAUCCGUUUUCUGGGUUUGUACAAUAAAGAUUGAAUUAA